GCAGGUGCCAGAUGGUGCCUAUGACUUUCAAUGCACUAUUGAACCUGCUGCCUCAUUCUCCUCUCACCUGUUGCCCAGGGAGCUUUUGCACCUUGCUAGCCUCUAUUACAUCACGCUCUUCACGUUCUUUUUGGCCCUUGUUCACUUCCUCUCCGAGGUCUUCAUUUACCACACUGCAGCCUUAACAAUUGGAGUUAUGGCACCCCUCAUGGUAGCAAGUUUCUCUAUUUUGGGGAUGUUGAUUGGGCUGCAGUACCUGGAGGUAGAAGCACUUUCACAAAACAAGAAGAAAAACUGA